AUGGAACCGGAGCGUGUCAUGAACUGCAGGGGCGGCUCUGUUCUUGGGAAGAAGACCAUCCUUAAGAGCGACCACUUCCCGGGCUGCCAGAACAGGCGUCUCUCUCCCCAGAUUGACGGCGCCCCCAACUACAGGCAGGUCUGUUGCUCUUCCAUGUGAUAUCCGGUUGUCCUCUCUCUCUCUCUCUCUCUCUCUCUCUCUCUCUCUCUCUCUCUCUCUCUCUCUCUCUCUCAUAUCCAAGCUCGAUAACAUAUUUGAACAGGCGGGCUCACUGCGCGUUCAUGGUGUGGCGAUUCCGACAAUUGAGGGGAUCAGAAAUGUACUUAACCACAUCGGGGCGCAGAAGAGCGGGAAGCAAAAGAAGGUCCUCUGGCACAGUCUCCGGGAAGAACCCGUAAGUCUGCAUUAUUAUCUGCCCUUUUCCUUUGGAAUCAUCAUACAUCUUGGCGGUAUCAAGAAAAGCUGUUGACGGCAUGGUAUGCCUUGUAGGAGGAUAACUUUUAAGCUGGACUCUGAUCAGUUGGGUGUCGCUUCCUUUCUCUAUGUAAAACAGGUGGUGUACAUCAAUGGCCGACCAUUUGUGCUGCGUGAUGUCGAGCGUCCUUUCUCCAAUCUCGAGUACACGGUGUGUUGUUCGUAUUGAGCUUUUAUUUCUUCGUUAUCAUCAGGAUCCCUCUCGCACCAUUUUUAAUCAGGAGAUUGCUUCUUGAGGCCAUGCUGACGAUGCCUGGUUGCUUCAUUAGAUUGUACAACUGAUGCGUGUGACUGUCCCAAUAAAUAGGACAGUGUGUUCGCUGACACUAGCAAGUUUCAAUGGAUGGUAUUUCUUGAAGCCAUGGUGUGAAAUGAGAAGAAUUGAGUCCUGGGUCCAUUGUUCCGGCCUACAUUCCAGGAGAGGCCUGCUAUUUACCUGCCAUAUGGUGGAUUUAAUGCCCACAAAUCGAAACAUCACUCAUCUCCGUGUCCCAUCUAGCUUUGCAUGUUUAGGCGACUUGAAAGAGUUCUUGGCUAUCAUAAGCAUACACACGCUCACUUUAUGUAGUCAGGUCACCCCAAGAGGGAAUGGAGCCUUGUUUCUUUUCACUUUGUGGAAUUGUGACCUUCACGUUGUUGCUGGGCGCAGGGCAUAAACAGAGCCAGAGUCGAACAAAUGGAGGCUCGUCUGAAAGAUGAUAUUCUGCUGGAGGCCUCCCAGUACGUUUCUAGUAACUAUCACUUGCGUCUGUGAUUCCCCGUACUAAAAUGACAAAGUGGGACCAUAGUGUUAGUUUAUGUAUUCUCUCUGUGAUAGCUCGUUUUUCUUUGCACAUCUGAUUUAGCAGAUAUGGAAAUAAGAUCCUUGUAACUGAUGAACUGCCAGAUGGUCAGAUGGUGGACCAGUGGGAACCCAUCGUGCGUGAGUCUGUUAAGACCCCUCUCGAGGUAUAAUUUCGGGAGUUCUUUGGGGCGAGGUUGGAUAUACCUUUCAUUUGAACUCCUGAUUGGUGACGAUGGUCGUUUCCAUUAGGUAUAUGAAGAGCUGCAGGUUGAAGGGUACCUCAUUGAUUAUGAACGUGUUCCUAUCACUGACGAGAAGUCACCAAAAGAGCAAGAUUUUGAUAUCCUGGUUAGAUAAUAGCUUUAUACUUCUUUCAAUCAUGUCUCUCAUGUUUCCUCACACACAAAGAACCCUAUGUUUUGAUAAAUGCAAGGUUCAGGGCGCUCAAGUUCAAGAAUUAAGCUACCAGAAUUUGUAUUUGCAUAAGUUUCUGAUACUUUUAUACUCGUCAGAUUAGGCCACUGUUUGAUGAACAUGAAGGUCGUAGUUUAAUCAAUCAACGUAUUUUGUAUAGGUGGCAAUCAUAAUACAAUAAUGAUUUCAGAUUUACUGAGUUACGGGCCCCUGGUGUACUUCACCGAUUGCAUGAAUACUUAUCAAACUUUUAAAAUAUUGAGGAUAAUUUGCGUGGAGGGUUGCACGGGAUAAUUUGCAUUUUGGUAAUGUUAUGAAUAGUCUUGCAGUUUUCAUUGAGUUUUUAGAUAAUAUGAUAGAAAAUAAUUAAUUAUUCGUAAAAUGGUGAUGUGCCAUUUAACCGUUAAAAGUUGAAAGUAUUAAAUUUUCAUUACAUUGCCAAGAAGGAACAUGAGCAAAUGAGUUGCAUAGACUGCUUCUUUUUAGUCACCUAUUAAUCUGAUCCACGAAGGGUCAUUCAUGAUCUUUGGUCUAUUUUAUCAUCAAUUAUGCAUUAAUAGAGGGCUCUUUGGUCUUCUCACCUUCUUCUCUUCUCACUUCAGGUCCAAAGGAUCGCACAAGUGGAUAUAAAUACGGAGAUAAUUUUUAACUGUCAAAUGGGACGGGGUAGAACAACCACUGGGAUGGUGAUUGCCACAUUAGUUUACCUUAAUCGGAUUGGCGCAUCCGGUACAAUCAUCUCUUCUCUUCUUUGCUUCUUGGACAAAUAGGUCCAUCUUUUUUCUCAUGAUUAUUCAUCUGAUAAUCGUCAAUGUAGAAAGCAGAUACUGACUGUGCAGUAUUAUGCAAAUCCUGUAUUAACACUGUCGUGGCUUUCCAUGUUGCUGAUUUAUGGGUCUGUUGAUUAGGUAUUCCCAGGACGAGUUCAAUUGGAAAAAUUUUUAGUAAGGUGUCGGCAGUCAGUGAUAACAUCCCGAACUCUGAGGAAGCCAUACGCAGAGGUGAAUAUGCUGUGAUACGAAGUUUGAUUCGUGUCUUGGAGGUAUGAAGUAGUGAGUUUGUGUAGUUAUUAUCUUUCGUGUGCAGUGUGUGAUUGCUCACCCCUUUUCUGGUUUCCGAACAGGGAGGAGUAGAGGGGAAAAGGCAAGUGGAUAAAGUAAUAGACAAGUGUGAUUCUAUGCAGGUAGAUAUGUCGCAGUCAUGGCCAUUUAAACUGUGUUCAUUCAUUCCUAUGAGCCAUUUAAACUGCUGCUUUACUCUGUUGGUCAAUGAAGGAGAGGUUAGGUUCAGAUUCCGCAUUGAAAGCCUCUGAACUUGUGCUGAUGUCAUUUAGUUUCAUUCAAUUUUUUUUGCAGAACUUGCGAGAAGCUAUUGCUAACUAUCGCAGUAGUAUCCUUCGUCAACCGGAUGAGAUGAAGAGGGCAGCAUCACUCUCCUUCUUUGUUGAGUACCUGGAGCGCUACUACUUUCUCAUCUGCUUUGCUGUUUACAUUCAUACGGAGAGGGCAGCUCUCCAGCCUACUUCCUCAGAUCAAGUUUCUUUUUCUGAUUGGAUGAGAGCGAGGCCUGAACUUUAUAGCAUACUCCGCAGGUGUGAACCCAAUAACAUGACGCUAUUUGCUCGGUUAAUCAUAACUUCGCGCAAGUAUGGUUUUCAUAACAUUGACCAUUCUAGCCUCAUGAUUUUUUUUCCUGUUCUGUGGUUUUCUUUUCUGUAAUAAGGGGCUGUUGGCGUACUUUGCUUUCAAUGUUUCAUAUCCUUUUAGGGACACUUAAUGGGCUUGCAGAUAAGGAAACAGCUCUUUUAGAGAUACUUUAUGCAACAUAGUCUUUUAGAUAGGAGCUGGAAUUAGGUUGGUUAGAGUCGGAACCCCUCGUCUUAGAAUGCUCAACACAGACUUUGAUUAGUUCGUCAAAAUCAGUACUCUUCAUCGAACCGUUCUUUCAACAUCAGCCAAUGGCUUUCUUUAGGUUCCGAAAACUGUUGUGGCUCAUCUUAGCUAAUUUUAAAUGAUUUUAAUUAUAUUUUAGCCGGCAAAACGUUCUCGCAUCGUCUGUGGUGGUUCAUCACCUUAGUAGCACCCGGGUCUCUAUGACCAUGCAUUCAGUUAAAUUCCUGCUUAAACUCUUGCGAAUCAUUCACUGUCGCAUGGACUGAGAAUCACCCAAUAAUGUUGCCUCUCUGAACUUGUCUGUUUGUUGAAGUUCUAUAUAUUGUUUCUGUAGCCCAAUGCUUUCUUGGCGAGUUCACUUGUGACGCUUCCUUGAGACAUCAGGCAUGGCUAACCUCAGCGUUCCUGCUUUCACGGUCCUUCAUUGGUGCCAGCCAGCCCUACAUUAUGGAAUAGAUUCUUAUGAUGAUCGUGACUCUUGUCCCAUUUUGUGUCAGAAAAUGUAUGAUCUCCCAUUUUGACGUUUCUGUUUCAUUUAAAACCUAUCUUUCGCUUGUAAAUGGCGUAUCAUGUUCUUCUGUACAUUUUUUUUUACUGGUUAUGGUGACAUGCUAUCUUUCUUUUUCAAGUAUCUUCCUGAUCUGAUGUGAGGCAUCCCAUCCCACCCCACCCCGCCCCGCCACAUUUUCCCUUACAAAUAUGCAACGCUUCAUGCAUUUGUUCUUGAACACCAACGUCUUCUUUCUUCUCCACCAUUUCUUCAACAUGGAUCAUUCAGCUACCCUGAAUCUGACGGUCAGGGGACUCUGCCUGCAUGCCGAUACUGUUUAUACGUGGAAAACUUUAUAUAAGAUCAUUUAAACCAUAAAGGAUUCACGAGGAAAGGGAAAACUGGGCUAUAUUCCCUCUGGCAUGAAGAAUGUGCAGAAGCUAUCUCCGUUGUAUGAGACAUCGCGCAAUGCUUUCUUUUAAGAUUAUCUUAAAAAAAUUGGAUUGCUUAUUGGGGAUUGGUUACACACUCCCACUGUUAGCAUAUUAAUUUAAAGCAUCUGCUUACUUUUAAUGCAGAUUGCUAAGGCGAGAUCCAAUGGGGGCUCUUGGUUAUUCGACCCUAAAGCCCUCUUUAAUGAAGAUAGCUGAAUCUGCCGAUGGUCGUCCCUACGAAAUGAGCGUCGUUGCAGCCGUGAGAAAUGGGGAAGUUCUUGGAAGCCAAACGGUGUUAAAAAGUGAUCACUGCCCAGGUUGCCAGAAUCAUACUUUGCCUGAGAGGGUUGACGGUGCACCUAAUUUCCGAGAGGUCGCUGGGUUUCCCGUUUAUGGGGUUGCCAACCCAACAAUUGAUGGCAUCCGAGCAGUCAUUCAGAGGAUCAGCACCAUCAAAGGUCGGUGCCCAAUUUUAUGGCACAAUAUGAGGGAAGAACCGGUCAUAUAUAUCAACGGGAAACCAUUUGUUCUUCGUGAGGUGGAAAGACCCUACAAAAACAUGUUGGAGUACACGGUAAUGUUAUAUCUUACCCGGCUUUUCGUUAUGGCAGCUUCAUCUUGGCAUGCUUCUCUGACCAUCCGAUGUUCAUGGCGUAUACCGGAUCAUAAGAAAAUCAUCAUUCCUUUUGUUCAUGGGGGAGUGUUCCCUGUUAGUAGUUUAUUUCUUCCGUGAUGAAGUGAUGGUAAGACAUUGCCACUUUCAGGGAAUAGAUCAAGAGCGCGUGGAGAGGAUGGAGGCUCGGCUGAAAGAAGAUAUUCUGCGAGAGGCGGAGCGCUAUGGAGGUGCCAUAAUGGUGAUCCACGAAACCGACGACGGGCAGAUUUUUGAUGCGUGGGAACACGUCGGACCUAGAGCGAUCCAGACUCCUCUAGAAGUUUACAAAUGUUUGGAGGCCGAGGGACUUCCCAUUAAGUAUGCACGCGUGCCGAUAACCGAUGGGAAAGCACCAAAAAGCUCAGACUUUGAUACAAUCGCACUGAACGUGGCCUCUGCGCCCAAGGACGCAGCUUUUGUCUUCAAUUGCCAGGUAGAAUCCCCUCAGCUGCCAGUUUCGCUCUAUGUAGGGGGCAUUGGUGAAUUGGGAGAUCAAUUUAAUUUAUUAGCUUAUGGGUUGGCCUCGAUUGAUGAUUUCCUGACAGAUGGGCAGAGGCAGGACGACCACUGGCACCGUCAUUGCCUGCCUUCUGAUGCUCAGGAUUUGCCAUGGAAGGCCGAUAACAAUCCCGCAGGAGGACAGAUGCCAUGAGAAACUGGAUUCGGGCUCUUCGAGCAGUGAAGAGGCCGUCGACGAUAAUGGAGCUUCGUUGUUGCCCAGACACGAUGAGGCGCAGCGAUCUUUUAGGAUCGACGACAUCCCCCUCAUAAAGAAGAUCACAAGACUCUUUGACAAUGGCGUGGAGUGCAGAGAGGUUUUGGACGCUGUGAUCGACAGAUGUUCUGCUUUGCAGAACAUACGCCAAGCUGUGUUGCAGUACAGGAAGGUGUUCAACCAGCAGCAUGUGGAGCCGAGGGUGAGGCGGGUCGCUCUGAAUCGCGGUGCUGAGUAUCUGGAGCGCUACUUUCGGCUGAUUGCCUUCGCUGCCUACCUUGGGAGCAAAGCAUUUGAUGGCUUCUGCGGACAGGGAGAGGUGAGGGUCUCAUUCAAGACAUGGUUGCACCAGAGGCAGGAGGUCCAAGCCAUGAAGUGGAGCAUCAGGCUACGGCCCGGGCGCUUCUUCACCCUGCCGGUAAUGUUUUCUAAUGUGAAGAUGCCCAUAGAACUCAUCUCGUGCCGACCAUUUUCCUGAACGGAUCCCUUCUCUUGCACUGCGAUAGGAGCGGCUUCAAGUGUCGCAUGAGUUGCAGCAGGGGGAUGUGGCCAUGGAAGCCAUAGUUAAGUCCCGCAACGGCUCUGUUCUGGCGAAGGGCUCCAUACUCAAGAACUAUCUUUUCCCGGGCCAGGAGGCCUCUUCAGGCUGCGUCCAGAUCCCUGGCACGCCGCACGUCUACAAGGUAUUCUGAGCUUACUAAGCCCCCUGUUGGAACAUCUUUGUAAACUCUCCAAUCUCAUUUCUAGCUUUGGCGAUUGCCCUUUUGCAUGGUUCAUAAAAUAUAAGUCGCUGACAUCUUAGGAUGAUUUUAUGUCCUCAAUUUACAGAGAGAGAGAAGCUAACAGAUGCGUAACCCAAUACGCAUGAAAACUAGGUGAACAACGUUGAUAUGUUCUCCAUCAAUUUGGGGAUGACCCAUUUCUAUUAUGCUCGUAUUUUGCCGUCCAUUCCAUGGCCAUAGAACCUCUUUUCUUCCUUCAGUCUCUCUUGAUCUGGCUUCUCAUCACGUUUAGACAAUGUUGGUAUCACUACUGCCUUAAAGUGUAAAAGCUUAGCACUCUCAUCUGUUAGCUGCUCUCGUUGAAGAAUACGCGUCGAUGUUCUUCACCAAUAGAUGUAUCUGUCUGGUUCAGGCUGCUGGGUUCCCUGUGUACAGCAUGGCGACUCCGACAGUGAAUGGGGCGAAGGAAAUGCUCGAGUACCUGGGUGCAAAGUCGAUGGGGGGCCGCGCAGCGCAGAGAGUGGUAAUCACUGACCUGAGAGAGGAAGCAGUGGUGUACAUCAAUGACGCACCGUUCGUUCUCCGGGAGCUGGACCACCCCGUGGACACGCUUAAGCAUGUGGGCAUCACCGGCCCUCUGGUAAGUUGCCAGCACCUGGCUAGCUGUUCAGGAUGCCGGAGGGCGGUGAGGCUCCUCUCUGGUUUUCUCAUGGUCCCUUCUCGGCGGUGUAUGCAUACAGGUGGAGAACAUGGAGGGGAGGCUCAAGGAGGAUAUAAUCGCCGAGGUGACGCAGAGAGGGGGGCAGAUUCUCUUGCAUCGGGAGGAGUUCAACCCGAUCUCGAAUCGUUCCAGCGUGAUCGGAUACCGGGAGAAGAUCUCGCCGGAGGAAGUGAAGACGAUCGCGGAGGUGUACGCCGGCCUGAGAGACGAAGGGUACGACAUCGACUAUCGUAGGGUUCCCCUCACCAGAGAACGGGAGGCCCUGGCUUCCGAUGUCGACACCAUUCAGUACCGCAGGACCGAGUACGCACCAAUCACUGUGUUCUACCCGAGCUCGGGAUUCUCUCCUCUCUGGUAAUCGAACCUGUCUUUCUUGUUCAUCAGGACCGCAGGCUGCUAUCUCUUCAUUUCUCACACGGGGUUUGGAGGAGUGGCUUACGCCAUGGCCAUAAACUGCCUUGGGCUCGACGCCGCCGGUAGGCUGCCCUCGUCGGAGACUUUGGAGCCCUCGGAAGAGGCGAGCAGUCUCCCUCUCGCGCAGAGUGAUACGGUAGCGCCAUCGCAGCUCGUCGGCGAGGAGACGCUCAAGCAGGGAGACUACCGGGACAUUCUGAGCCUCACUAGGGUUCUGACUCACGGGCCGAAGAGCAAGGCCGAGGUCGACCUGGUCAUAGAAAGGUGACGACUUGCUUCCACAUGGCGCAGGGGAGGCGAUGUUUGUUCUUGGCGAUUAUAAUUCCUUCCCUCUGGCGCUGAUUUUGCUCUGAUCAUCGUCGACAGAUGCGCAGGCGUCGGGCAUCUGCGUGACGAUAUCUUCCACUACAAGAAGGAGCUCGAGAGUUGUCACGGGGGCGAUGAGGAGCUGAGGUCCCACAUCAAGGACAUGGGCAUCAAAGCCCUGAGGUUAGCUUCUUCCUCCGAGUGGUUCCAUUAAAAGCAGCAGCGUUUCUUCGUUUUGAGUUGAGGAACUGGGAGUGAUUUACGGAGGGCGCCGCCAAUUCUUGGCUGGCUGUGUAGGCGAUACUUCUUCCUCAUCACCUUCCGGGCGUACCUCUACAGCGCCUCCCCUCGGGAGACGACCUUCGCCGAAUGGAUGGGAGCACGGCCGGAGCUCGGGCACCUCUGUGACAACCUCAGACUGGAUAAGUAG